AUCCACUCGCAGCGGAUGAGCACGUGGAAAUGAAACAGACAGAUGGUGUUCAAUCCUUGUAUAGAACUGAUAUGUUUGUACGCAGGCACGCUCGUAUCUUAGCGUUCUUGUUGUUUACUUUUAACCACUUGUCUUUUCAGUACAGGCAGCCAAGCCGAUAAAAUUCUUCAGAAAAUUAAGUUAAUAGUGAAAUCAUUACAAGCUGGUAUAUACUUCUGUGUAAAGUUAUUAACAUUUUAUUAGGUAAAUAAAGGCAAUCACUUGUAAAUGGCUCUCUAUACUUCAAAGCAUGCGUAGUAAUGGGCUUCCCUGACUCCAUGUAAAUGGCUUUCCAUACCAGGAAGGCUUCCUGUCUAAUGGUGGGGACUUGCAAGGUGUAAAACAUGUAAUCCUCUUGUCCCAGUUAUCUGUAUAUAGAGGUAGCGGUGGCAUACAAGCUCUCAUGAAUAACAAUGCAAGAAAAUUGGCUGAGCAAGAUGAAUCAACGCUCGUAGCCUCGGGAAUUCCUUACACCAUCAUCAGAGUUGGCAUGUUGCAAAAUACACCUGGAGGCACACAAGGUUUCAGCUUUGAAAAGGGUAGUGCAGAGAAGGGGAGUCUUAGCAAAGAGGAUGCUGCCUUCAUCUGUGUGGAAGCUCUUGACGUCGUCCCUCAAGUAGGGUUUACAUUCGAGGCGGUCAACGGAGAAGAGAAGGUUUCAGAUUGGAAAGAGCGUUUAACCAGAUUGAUGGAGAAAUCAGAGCAGAAGCAUCCUUGAUAUGUCUCAAUUCAAGGCAUGUAAACGUGUUCCUAUUUCUUCAUCUGCUCCCUCAGCUUAGAAACCCUGUAUUUUACAAUGAACUGGCCAUGGGUGACCUCUGUUGCCAUGAACAAUCUGAGCAGCUUAAAACUAUCCAUCAAUCCUCGGUCCUUUUACACCAUCA